GCGCAAGCAAGGCUGAGUUGGACGUAGAAGUGGCAAGUACAAGUUGCGGACCGACCAGCCAAAAGGAAAAACUAGACUCAAAACCAAACCCCCAACCCUUCCCAUAAAGCAAGCAAAUUACUCGCAAAGCUGCUUUCUCUCUUCGCUUCUCUGCUUCUCCUCCUCCUCCUCCUCCUCCGCUUCUGCUUCUACUUCCAAUUCUGCUUCAGCUGGAUUUCUCCCUCUUUUUGCCUCUUCGUUUGCUCGAUUUGCAUUUCUGGAUCAGUUUGUGUCUCUGAUUUGAGGCAUGGAUCUGCUGGUUCUGGUUCUCUCCUCCUCGAUUCGGUCCGGAAUAGUGAGAUCGCAGGAACCUAGGGAUUGAAUUAGGUUUGUUCCGGUUUUUGGCGGUGGAUUGAUUGAUCGAAUUUGAGUGGUGAUAGUGAGCUGUAAUAUCUCGCCGGAGGAUGAAGAAGAGAAUGAAGACCAAGAUACCGUCUUGUUCGGUGUGUCAGAGUCGUUACAACGAGGAGGAGCGGUGCCCGGUGUUGCUGCAAUGUGGCCACGGGUUCUGUAAAGACUGUCUCUGCCGGAUGUUCUCGGAGUCGACGGACUCCACACUCUCCUGCCCCCGCUGCCGCCACGUGUCCCUAGUCGGCAACUCCAUCCAGGCCCUUCGCAAGAACUACGCUAUUCUUGCCCUAAUUCAUUCCAACGACGACGAGGAUGAAGAAGACGACGACGACACUGACCGCCCGGCAGGCGGCGACAGCGAUGAAGAUGAAGGAUUGGGCAAUCUUACGCAGCAUCUUCGCCGCUGCAGCCUUCUUCGCUCCUCCAGCUGUGGCGGUGGCUCCUCGGGUGUUAUCGAGCUGGCCCCGCACCAUGACCUGCGCCUAAUUCGGCGGAUUGGAGAGGGCCGGCGCUCUGGGGUUGAAAUGUGGACCGGGGUGCUUUCGGGUUCGGGGCCGUCAAGGCGGCGGUGCCGCCACCGGGUGGCCGUGAAGAAGGUUGCCAUUGUUGGGGAUGAUCAUACAGAUUUGACUUGGGUGCAGAACCAGCUGGAGAAGUUGCGGCGGGCAUCCAUGUGGUGCCGGAAUGUAUGUGCAUUCCAUGGAGCUAUGAAGAUGGAGGAAGGAACGAGCUCUACUUCACUCUCUCUUAUUAUGGAUAGGUGCAAUGGCUCUCUUGAGACUGAGAUGCACCGCAAUGAAGGCCGCCUCACUCUUGAGCAAAUCCUCAGAUAUGGAGCAGACAUUGCCCGAGGGGUGGCUGAACUGCAUGCAGCAGGCAUUGUUUGUAUGAACCUAAAGCCAUCGAAUCUUCUUUUGGAUGCCAAUGGUCAUGCUGUGGUUUCUGAUUAUGGACUACCUGCAAUUUUGAAAAAACCUACCUGCAGAAAAGCACAAUCAGAGUCUGGUUCCUCGAGAAUUCAUUCAUGCAUGGACUGUACAAUGCUAAGUCCAAAUUACACAGCUCCUGAGGCAUGGGAACCCGUAAAGAAGUCGUUGAAUCUGUUUUGGGAUGAUGGCAUUGGCAUAUCUGCAGAGUCAGAUGCCUGGAGCUUUGGGUGUACAUUAGUGGAAAUGUGCACUGGUUCUGUUCCGUGGGCUGGUUUAAGUGCAGAGGAAAUUUAUAGAGAUGUUAUGAAGGCCCGAAGACAACCUCCUCAAUAUGCAAGUGUAGUGGGUGUUGGAAUACCUAGGGAAUUAUGGAAGAUGAUUGGUGAGUGCCUACAGUUCAAGGCACACAAAAGACCAUCUUUUGAUUCUAUGCUAGCAAUAUUCCUUCGACAUUUGCAAGAGAUACCCUGCAGCCCCCCUGCCAGCCCUGAUAGUGAUCUGGUCAAACUUUCCGGAACAAAUGUGACAGAGCCAUCUCCUUUGUCUGAUUUGGAGGUUUUCCAGGACAAUUCUGUUCUUCUACAUCGACUUAUAUCUGAAGGCAAUGUAAAUGGUGUAAGAGAAUUGCUUGCAAGGGGUGCAUCAGAUAAGAGUGGUAGUUCAACGUGUUCAUUAUUAGAAGCACAAAAUACUGAGGGACAGACAGCUCUCCACUUGGCUUGUAGACGGGGCAGUGUUGAACUUGUUGAGGCCAUUUUGGAGAAUAAAGAAGCAAAUGUGGAUGUCUUAGACAAAUAUGGUGAUCCUCCACUUGUGUUUGCAUUGGCAGCUGGAUCUUCAGAAUGUGUUCAUGCUCUGAUUAGACGAUAUGCAAAUGUCCAGUCUAGAAGGGAAGGGUUUGGGCCAUCCGUGGCUCAUGUUUGUGCAUAUCAUGGUCAACCAGAUUGUAUGCGUGAAUUACUAUUGGCGGGUGCCGACCCUAAUGCGGUGGAUGAUGAAGGUGAAUCUGUAUUACACAGAGCAGUCGCCAAGAAAUAUACAGAAUGUGCUAUUGUCAUAUUGGAACAUGGGGGAUAUAAAUCUAUGGCCAUCUUGAAUUCAAGAAAUUUGACGCCUCUGCACUUGUGUGUGGCAACUUGGAAUGUGGCUGUUGUCAGGAAGUGGGUGGAGGUUGCAUCCUUGGAUGAUAUUGCCAGUGCUAUCGAUGUACCCAGCCCAGUUGGUACCUCGUUGUGUAUGGCAGCUGCCUUAAAGAAAGACCAUGAAGCCGAGGGUCGAGAAUUGGUAAAAAUCUUGCUUGCUGCUGGAGCAAAUCCAAUUGCCCAAGAUGCCCAAUAUGAUCGAACUGCACUACAUACAGCUGCUAUGGCCAAUGAUGUUGAGUUGGUCAGAAUUAUUCUCAAUGCUGGAGUGGAUGUGAAUAUCAGGAAUGUGCAUAAUACAAUACCGCUUCAUGUGGCAUUGGCCAGAGGUUCAAACUCAUGCGUUGGAUUGCUUUUAUCUGCUGGAGCGAAUUGUAAUUUGCAGGAUGAUGAAGGGAACAAUGCCUUCCAUAUAGCAGCUGAAACAGCAAAAAUGAUACGUGAAAAUCUUGCAUGGAUAAUUGUUAUGCUUGGAUAUCCAGAUGCAGCUGUUGAAGUCAGGAAUCACAGUGGCAAGACAUUACGUGACUUUUUGGAGGCCCUACCCCGUGAAUGGAUCUCUGAAGAUCUGAUGGAGGCACUCAUAAAUAAGGGAGUUCAUUUGUCUCCUACAAUUUAUCAAUUUGGUGAUUGGGUGAAAUUUAAAAGAAGUAUCACGACUCCCACUUAUGGAUGGCAAGCUGCAAACCAUAAGAGUGUUGGUUUCGUGCAAAGUGUGCCAGACAAGGAUAAUCUUGUUGUAUCAUUUUGUACUGGAGAAGCUCGUGUACUGGCAAAUGAAGUUAUAAAGCUGAUUCCAUUAGAUAGAGGACAGCAUGUGCAACUUAAACCAGAAGUCAAAGGGCCAAGAUUUGGCUGGCGGGGUCAGUCACGUGAUAGCAUUGGAACUGUUCUUUGUGUUGAUGAUGAUGGAAUUCUGCGUGUUGGGUUUCCGGGAGCAUCCAGAGGAUGGAAAGCUGAUCCUGCAGAAUUGGAAAGGGUUGAAGAAUUCAAGGUUGGGGACUGGGUUCGAAUUCGCCCAACUCUUACUACUGCUAAGCAUGGAUUAGGUUCUGUAACUCCAGGCAGCAUUGGUAUAGUUUGCUGCAUCCGACCAGAUAACAGUUUAUUGUUGGAUUUGAGUUAUCUUCCAAGUCCAUGGCAUUGUGAGCCGGAAGAGGUUGAGGCCGUUCCCCCAUUCAAGAUUGGGGACCGGGUUUGUGUGAAGCGGUCUGUUGCAGAACCAAGAUAUGCUUGGGGUGGUGAAACCCAUCAUAGUGUUGGGAGAGUAAGUGAUAUAGAAAGUGAUGGUCUCCUAAUAAUUGAAAUCCCUAAUCGGCCAAUACCAUGGCAGGCCGAUCCCUCUGACAUGGAAAAGGUGGAGGAUUUCAAGGUUGGGGACUGGGUCAGAGUGAAAGCUUCUGUGUCUUCCCCAAAAUAUGGGUGGGAGGAUAUCACCAGGAACAGUAUUGGGAUAAUUCACAGUUUGGAGGAGGAUGGUGAUAUGGGAGUUGCCUUUUGCUUCAGGAGCAAGCCUUUCCGCUGUUCUGUCACAGAUGUAGAGACGGUGCCUCCUUUUGAAGUUGGGCAAGAGAUUCAUGUGAUGCCAUCUAUUGCUCAACCCCAACUGGGAUGGGCAGAUGAAACUCCAGCUACUGUUGGCAAAAUCAUGAGAAUUGACAUGGAUGGGGCUUUAAGCGUUAAAGUUGCUGGAAGACUCAGUUUGUGGAGAGUUUCCCCAGGAGAUGCAGAAAGGCUUUCUGGAUUUGAAGUGGGUGAUUGGGUACGUUCAAAACCAAGCCUGGGGAACAGACCCAGUUAUGAAUGGAAUAAUAUUGGCAAAGAAAGCAUAGCAGUAGUAUAUGGUGUGCAGGAUAGUGGUUAUUUGGAAUUAGCAUGCUGUUUCCGUAGAGGAAGAUGGAUCACUCAUUACACAGAUGUUGAAAGGGUUCCAGGCUUCAAAGUUGGGCAAUACAUUCGUUUCCGAGAUGGACUGCGUGAGCCAAGAUGGGGAUGGCGAGGGGCGCAGCCUAAUUCUCGUGGUGUUAUAACUGGUGUUAAUGCUGAUGGAGAAGUGAGAGUCUCAUUCUUUGGAUUACCAGGUUUGUGGAGAGGAGAUCCUGCCGAUCUGGAGAUGGAGCAGAUAUUUGAAGUGGGGGAUUGGGUUAAAAUGAAAAGUAAUGCGAGUAGCUGGAAAUCCAUUGGGCCAGGUAGUAUUGGGAUUAUGCAAGGAAACAGGUGUGAUGGAGAUGAAUGGGAUGGAAGUGUUUGUGUGGCAUUUUGUCGGGAACAAGAAGGAUGGGUGGGGCCUUCUUCCUACCUUGAAAAAAUAGAUAAGAUCAUGGUUGGGCAAAGGGUUAGAGUUAAAAAAUUUGUGAAGCAGCCAAGGUUUGGGUGGUCGGGCCACAAUCAUGCUAGUGUUGGGACCAUAUCAGCAAUUGAUGCAGAUGGAAAACUGAGAAUAUAUACACGUGCUGGCUCGAGAACUUGGGUAUUAGAUCCAUCAGAAGUGGAUCUGGUGGAGGAAAAGGAAAUUUCCAUCGGGGAUUGGGUCCAGGUUAAGGCUUCAGUUUCAACCCCAACUUACCAAUGGGGAGAAGUAAGUCAUUCAAGCAUCGGAGUGGUGCACAGGAUAGAAGAUAAGGAGCUAAGGGUUGCAUUUUGCUUUGUGGAGAGGCUGUGGCUUUGCAAAGCGUCGGAAAUGGAGAGAGUAAGGCCUUUUAAAGUGGGGGACAAGGUGAGGAUCAAGGAAGGGCUCGUGACUCCUCGGUGGGGGUGGGGGAUGGAGACACAUGCAAGCAAGGGUCGGGUACUUGGUGUAGAUGCAAAUGGAAAAUUACGGAUUAAGUUCCAGUGGAGAGAGGGGAGGCCGUGGAUGGGGGAUCCUGCUGAUAUUGUUCUUGAUGAGAGCUCAUCUGUUACGGGCACUUGAUGAAGAGCCAAAUUUCUUUCACUUAAGCUCUUACAGUCCUUCGCCUUCCAUUCCAUCUCAAUAGAGGUGGAAGCUACUGCUGCUGGUGGGAUGGAUACUUUCCCUGCCAACAAACCCAAGAGCAUCGUUGAUGAAAUCAUUUGGAACAAAGCAAAGCGGUUAGGAAUUACCCUGCCCUCCAUACAACUAAAGACAGAGUUAAAAAGCAGCUGGAGAAAGGUAGGAACGGGCCAGGCCGUUCAUACUUUAAAAGUAUAUAUGUUUGUUAACUUAUUGUGUAAAGUUUGACUCCUUUGAACUUCUUCUUAGUUUACUGUUAAUAUCUGGAUUUCUUUUUGGGUAGGGAUGGGGGGUAGCCCUCGGAUGAGUUUUCUUUAAACUGCUUUUACAGCAUUUAGCUCUUGAAAGGAACACUGGGCCAUUUUCAGAUGCCCACUAGAAAUUCAGAUGAUAGAACAACAGGGUAUACAAGUGCUUCUUUUGUUUUUUUGUUUUUUUUUUAUACAAUUGAUUCUAUUUUUCAA